AAAAAAAUCAGCUGUGUCAAGUUGAGCGGACCGAAUUUCCCGGUAGGAUGCAAAAUUAAAACACAGGAAGCAAUGUGAGGUCCCCUGUUUAAUUUCAAUCCUAGAUAAAAGGAUUUCAAUUGAUUGUGCGAGUUUACUGGCGUUGGUUGAGUUGUGGGUGCGCAGAUAAAUAAAUCAUGGAUUUGGCGGAAACUAUGAAGAAUGUUCUGGCGAAAGGAAUACAACAAACUUCUGUUAACGAUUUGCCCUCUUCUACCAGCAUGGGCUUUCCUGGUACUGGAUAUGUCACGGAAAAGUUAUACAUGCUGUUGCAAUUGUAUUUACAGAAUAAAGGGUGGAACACCUCCGUAGAAUUGCUGCAAUGUUUUACAGAGCUCAAGGAGUCUUCUAUGCUGCCCAGUGCAGCCUAUUUACAAAUGAUGGCAUCUAGAGUAACUUUGGAUUCCCAGGGGAGGUUAAUUCUAAGAGAGAAUGGUAAAAUAAUUUUACCAUUUGAGCAUUUCGCAAAUGCGGUCAUGCUGAAGCACAUGAAUGGCCCCCAUGGAUUACAUUUGGGUGUGGAGGCCACCGUACGAGCUGUUAUGGAGUCCUAUACCAUAGGUAGAGAGAAUUUUGGUAUGGAAAAGGAUUUUAUAAUAGAGGUGGUGCAGAACUGCCCCAACCCAGCUUGCCGCUACUACAAAAACCAAAUGGAACUGACUCAGAAAACUUUGCAGCAUUUGGCAACACCCGGUUAUAUGGCAGAGACUCAGCAAAACAAUUCUGAUCUGAGAAACAGACAACAGAGCAGCUUGGACAGCAAAGCGAGCAACGCGCAGCUGCUGGAGCGCCCGAAGUCGGUCGCGCCGACGCAGCAGCAGCUGACAGCUGCGCUGAUCCAGCAGCAGAACCGCGUGAUCGCGCAGCAGAACAUCGAGAAGCUGAACGCGAACCUGGAGAAGCAGCGGCAGCAGCUGCAGCUGCAGCAGCAGAUCGACCUCGCGAACGCGGCCACGGCGGCCAAGGGACAGCAGCAGCAGCAGCUGCAGCAGCAGAAGCAGCACUUCGAUUUGCCGCUCAUGGAUCACAAGCUGACGGACUUUUUGAGGACGAAUCUCGAGAAUUUGGAAGGUCUGUCGGCGGCCAACAAGGACCUGUUGGCGCUGCACAACGGCGCGUGGGCCUCCUCGUCGGGCAACGUUGCCGCUCCCGCUGAAGACAAGCGCAUCAGCGAGGGCGGGCAGGAGAAGAUCGUGCGCGCCUUCGGCGAGGUGAUGAAAAACAUGUCGAGAAUGAAGACUUACGUGCGUCCGGCCAUGUGCAAGCCGUACGGCAAGCAGUCCGAGGCGCUGCAAAAAACCCUGAUGGACACAAUUCAGUUGAUCCAAUCGCUGCGCAGCUUUUUGCCGCCGCCUCACAUACAGGUAAGCUCGUGGAAGAACGAAGACAAGCACCGCUACGAAGAAACAUAGGAGAACGAGUCGUACUAUUUUUUGCUUGUUUGGUUUAGGUCAAAUAUUGGGGUGUUUAAAGUGAACGGUAUAUUUUUUCAUUUUAACAUUGAAUUUCCUCGGAAUAUGCAAAAAUAAACCAUCGGUAAUAUCCCAUCUCUUAAUUUCAAUUUCAAGUUUAAAAAUCUUAUUAUGUUUUAUUAUUUCUUCCUGUCGCCUUUUUUAACUAAUUUAAAAAGGUUGCUUUCUCUUUUGCAAAUAAAAAUGUUUAAGAAAGAUAAAACUAAUACUUACCUUUUUUCUGGGUAUAGUCUUUAU